CGGCCAUUUUAAUUUUUUACAUUUUCUGGUGUUGAAGGAUAGCCUUUCAUUCGUUUCUAUUGCGAAGUCCGAGAUAUGAACACAGCGACGGCUGGGAGUUAUCCGAUGGCUUCUCUCUACGUUGGCGACCUGCACCCCGAUAUCACGGAGGCUAUGCUGUAUGAGAAAUUCAGCCCAGCCGGACCUGUGCUCUCUAUUCGGGUAUGCCGAGACAUGAUCACCCGGCGGUCCCUCGGAUACGCUUAUGUCAACUUCUCUCAACCUGCUGACGCUGAGAGAGCUCUGGACACCAUGAACUUUGACGUGGUAAAAGGAAAGCCAAUCCGAAUCAUGUGGUCCCAAAGAGACCCCUCCCUCAGGAAGUCUGGAGUGGGCAAUGUGUUCAUCAAGAACCUUGACAAGUCCAUUGACAACAAAGCCCUGUACGACACAUUCUCUGCCUUUGGCAACAUCCUUUCCUGCAAGGUGGUCUGUGACGAAAAUGGCUCCAAGGGAUACGCUUUUGUUCACUUUGAGACCCAGGAUGCUGCUGAUCGUGCCAUCGAGAAGAUGAACGGCAUGCUUCUGAAUGACCGCAAGGUGUUUGUGGGUCGUUUCAAAUCUCGCAAGGAACGGGAGGCUGAACUUGGUGCCAAAGCCAAGGAGUUUACCAAUGUCUACAUCAAGAACUUUGGGGAUGAUAUGGAUGAUGAGCAGCUGAAGGAGGUUUUCGACAAAUACGGUAAAACACUCAGUGUGAAGGUGAUGAAAGACCCCACUGGCAAAUCCAGAGGCUUUGGGUUUGUUAGUUAUGAGAAACAUGAGGAUGCUAACAAGGCUGUCGAAGAGGUAAAUGGCACCGAACUUAACGGCAAGACUGUGUUUGUGGGCCGGGCCCAGAAGAAGAUGGAGCGGCAGGCGGAGCUGAAGAGGAAGUUUGAGCUUCUGAAACAAGAGAGGAUCAGUCGUUAUCAGGGUGUUAAUCUUUAUAUUAAAAACCUGGAUGACACCAUAGAUGAUGAGAAACUGCGUAAGGAGUUCACUCCAUUCGGGUCUAUUACAAGUGCAAAGGUGAUGCUAGAGGAGGGUCGCUCCAAGGGCUUCGGCUUUGUCUGCUUCUCCUCCCCCGAAGAAGCCACCAAGGCCGUGACUGAGAUGAACGGACGCAUUGUUGGCUCCAAACCCCUCUAUGUGGCUCUCGCUCAGCGCAAAGAAGAGCGCAAAGCCCACCUCACCAACCAGUACAUGCAGCGUAUCGCUGGCAUGAGGGCUAUGCCGGCUAACGCCAUCAUUAAUCAGUUCCAGCCCACCAGUGGCUACUUCAUGCCAGCUGUGCCACAGGCCCAGAAUAGAACUACAUACUAUGCACCCAAUCAGAUGGCCCAAAUACGACCCAACCCCCGAUGGCAGCAACAAGGUGGCAGAGGUCAAGGUGGUUUCCAAGGGAUUCCCAACUCGCUGCGUCAGCCCGGACCACGCGCCAACCUGAGACACAUGAGUCCUAGUGGCAGCACACAGGGCCCACGAGCAUCUGGCCAGGCCAUGGCUCCUCGACCCUCAAUGGGAGUCUCCGGCCCCCGUGCCAUGCCGCCUUACAAAUACGCCACUGGUGUGCGUAACCCCAACACCCAGGUGGUGCAACCUAUUGCCUUGCAGCAGGUUCAGCCAGCUGUGCACGUUCAGGGUCAGGAGCCGCUCACGGCCUCCAUGCUGGCUGCUGCGCCCCCUCAGGAACAGAAACAGAUGCUAGGCGAGCGUCUUUUCCCACUGAUUCAGUCCAUGCAUGCCAACCUGGCAGGAAAGAUCACUGGCAUGCUGCUGGAGAUUGACAAUUCUGAACUGCUGCAUAUGCUGGAGUCUCAAGAAUCUCUACGCUCAAAGGUGGAAGAAGCCGUUGCUGUGCUACAAGCCCACCAGGCAAAGAAAGAUGCCACGCAGAAAGUGGGAAGCAUGGCUACUACUGCUGCUGCUGCCGCUGCCCCAUCCUGAAGACUGUGCUGUUUUGAAUUUGGCACUGAGCAGAGAUGGGGAGUGACGCACUACACUGACUGCAAACACCUGACUCCUCUGAAGAAUUAUGCAAAAAUUAAGAAAAAAAAUGAAAAUAUACUUGAACAUUUAAAAAAAAAAUUACAGUUCAUAAUUUUUUUGUUCUGUAAAACUUUUAAACCUCAUACCAAAAUCAAUGAUGCAAAUGAAUGUUGAAUGAUGGCCCUUCAUUUUGUGGCAAAGGAGAGAAACCUUUUUCAAAAAGGAAAAUAAGCCUUCUUCUUUUUCUUUGCUUGGAGGUUUUGAUUUGAAAUGAUGGACUCCUCCAUCCUAUCAUUUUAUCAUGGAUGUGUGGUAUUCUCAAUAAAGGGAUGAUAUAUCAAGUUGA